GCUACAGAUGUCACUCUGUACUUCAUAAAACCACCUACAGCUCAGAGUGAAUAGUUUACCAAGUUGCCAUAAACCUUAGAAGACGAUCAAAGUAAAAGAUUUCCAGUUGGAAGAGCUUUAGCCUUUUCGAACUCAUCUUAACAUUUUGAACGGGACUUUAAAGUGCUCGUUUUGUCCAGCAUGGGUACGCCGUAUAGUGCCUUCAGAGAGGAUGGACGGGCCACUGCAUAUCAAGAAAACAAGACAGCCGUUUCCGCUGAUGUAACUUUUGCUGGAUUUGUCUUCGCGUUUUUCAUCGUGAGCAUUUCGCUCGUCGUCAUCUUGCCCGGAAUACGUGGGAAAAACGGAAUAUUUGCUGCUAUUCGGUUCUUCAUCGCCGCAUUUAUUGGUGCAACCAUACUCUUAUCCUUAUAUGGUCAAGACUGGGAGUCUGCUGUGCAGCAUAACGUCACUACACAGUACAGAGCCUUUAUCAAGGAUGAGAUCGAGGCUGAUAUAGGGGUACAUAUUGGACUUACUAAUGUUAACAUCACACUCAAAGGUGUGCCGGAAUACCCACAGCAUGGUGAGGUUAAAGGAGAAAGAAUCAACUACAAUGAACGCUUCACUUUCUGCUGUAGACAGGGCAGGCAGGGAUACAGUCAAUUCGCCGGUCGCAUCAACCAGGAGUUCCGCGCUGCACAGUGGUCCGGCAAGCCCUAUCCCGUUCUGUGGAUUGUGGAGUAUUUCGUGUUUGAUGCAGAGGACAUCCGUUGGGGCCGAACAUACAGGCUGGCUGGUUUCUACACAUAUCUCACGCUAUGGACUGCGUUCCCACUAUGGGUGAUAGCAAUAGUUACUUCCUUCAUGGUGGUACGAUACAGCGGGUUGUUCCUGCUCCUUACUGGUGGCUGCCUAUUGACUGGUAACAUCAUCUACUCACUCAUACGAUACGGUUCGACGGAACUGAUCAUUCCCUUCGGAGCUGACCAUGUGUUGGUGUUUUCGAAAGGCGGUUCUUUCUACUUGUGCAUGGUUGGAGGAAUCGUUUCAUCGCUUGCCGGCCUCGCCAUCAUCUUCCUAGAUGACAUGUUUCCUUUUAAGAUGGCAACUUUCUUCAACGUUGAUCCCCUUCAGGACUACCAGGACACCUUCGAAAACCCAAAACAUCUUAGCAACUUUCCAGAUAGCUGGCGUCUUGACGACGAUGACGAGACACCAAAGAACGGGAGCCCACGCAAGGAGAAGCAGCGUCCCAUGUCCGUGCUGAACGACGAUCCUCGGGUCGAGAAACUUGCUUCUGUGGCGCUGGACAAGCGUUCCUCGGAGAUGUACCAUGGAGAUAUGUACAUCAAUGUUGGAGAGAUGCAUCAGAGCUUCGUUUCUGGCAGAAAGUCCCUGUUCAAAAAGAACAAGCUAAAAAGACGCCCAGCGUCCAAUGAGAUGGACGAUGUUGACAAUGCUGAAGAUUGGGCUGGUAAUACAUCUUCAAAGCAACUACUCCAUAAACCAUCACAAGUCAGGUUUAGCGUCAAGGGACUCGGUGGCAAGGCAAGAACGGACGACUCAGUUGCCAUGGAUACUGUGACCAACACGUCAAGCUUGCCGGUCAAGAUGAGCCAAUUACACGAGGAACCCGACGAUGAAGGGAGUGAUGCAAACAACGUUACCGAGGAAGCAUCCGAGAACUCUGCUACUGAAGCCAUCUUAGACGCACAAUAUGCAUUCAGUAACCAGAUCAAUAUUGAGGACGAAUAAAUCCUCACACACAGACACAAAUGUCCAAAGUUCAUUUCAAUUUUUUGUACGCAGAUUUGUUCGUUAGGCAAUUGCUCAUAAAAAUAUAGCCAUGAAUGUAAUGUAUCCCAACUUUAUAUCUAAAUACACGUCAAUCUAGCCAGGGACCUCAUAAAACCAACGGCAAACGAAAUCGCGUCAAUUAGAUAGAACCAAUGAGGGGACGCACCGAAAUGACCGCUGCGGAGACCGCUAACAUAAGAGCAAAUCCCGCUCUAACAUGAAAUGAAAACAUAUUACUACUUUCAUUCAUUGCCUCUCGAAAUUGCGGGGCACGGUUCCCCACCCCGUGGCCAUGCCGCCGGUGCUCUUCUUUAUUUAUUAGCUUGCUUAUUGGAUUACUCAGUGCCAGCAACGUGGCAAAAUUACUGGUUUAGCAAUUGUUCUAUUUGAUUUUAGUUUUCAUCGUUAUAUCAUGAAGUAAGUGUCUAUUUAACUUCUUAAAA